UGCAUCUGAUUGGCUAGGAAAGUUGUUGUUCGCCGGACCGCCUGUCACUUCCAUGUUGACAGCCUUGCAGCCUCGGUAGAGAUUUAAUUGAAAAUGUAAUGUUUCUCUGAUAUACAGUAGACUAAACUAUUUGGCAAUGACGUUUAGUAACAGACUAACUAGCUGUAGGACUAGUAGUAUAUCAUGGCGGCGCUAGGAGUGGAAUGUAGCGAGGCGUCUAAAGUCGAACGGAAGAUCAACACCCAGAAGACGGCCGACUCAUGGAAACGACAUGUCAUCCGCCAACUCAAACACCGGGAUAAGUAUCAGAAGGCGAUGUUUCAAGAUGUCAUACGGUCAUAUAUCAAUCUGCUGGAGAAGUCCAAUCAGAGAGCCAUCAUCACUAAAGGCAUCCUGGGAUCUGGUUCAAGGUACCCAGCCUCCUCCAACGAUUCCUUGACAUCUCUGAUUUCCAAGAAUGAUGAUCUGAAGAAAACAACUGGAGAGCUGGCCUACCAGGUAGUGGAGCUCCAGCAGGAGAUUAAGAUCAAAGACUCCGUACUGGAAGAACAACAUGCCAGGAUGUGUGAGGUGCAGAGGUAUCUGCUGCGGGUGCAGGCUGAGGAUGGUAGUCUGGCGGAACGUGUUGCUGAGGUGACGGAGGGGAACCGGCUGUUGAAACGGGAGUACGACUCUUUGCUGGAGCGGCACCAUGAUAUGGACCAGACCUUCAGAGAGGAGAAGCUCAGGGGUCAGGAACUGCUUGAGGAACUUGUCCGGGGGAAGCAGCACGCAGCCGUCAGGAUGAACAGCCGCAACGAGAGACGAGUCAGAGCCAGAGAGGCAAGUCUUCAGAAGGAACUGGAGACCGCUGGGAAGGUGAAGGUGACAAUCGAUGUCGGGUCUGUCAGUGCCCCCGCCUCCAGAGAAGCCUCCCCUAAGAGUGAUCUGACAGAGAGACGGACCGCUAGAAUGUUCAGGUCAGCCUCAGUAACAUCCCCUCCCAGGAUUCUAGAUUCCAUCAAAGAGCUUUUUGACAGAAAGAAGCGUCGGGGGAACUCGCUGUGUCUGAGUCUGAAGGAGGACCUGUAUGUUCCUGUAGGGAUCUGUCUGGCUGCCAGGGUCCCUGCUAGGGCCCUGCAUGUCCUGGAUGCCCAUGAGUUGGGUAUUAAUGCAGUGAGGUUCAGCUCCAGUUGUAACCUGCUUGCUACUGGAGGGACAGACAGAUCCAUUAAACUGUGGGACGUUAAAGGAGGCAUGCUCUACAACAGAGGAACACUAGAUGGCAGCAAUGAAGGAAUAACCAGCAUAGAGUUUGACCCGACAGGCACCAGGGUUUUAGCAGCGUCAUAUGAUAAAUCAGCUCUGUUCUGGCGGCUGGAUGACUCUGUUCCCAAGAUCACUCUGACCGGCCACUCACGUAAAGUGACAGCAGCCAAGUUUAAAUGCAGCCUGCGGCAGGUGGUGACAGGAAGUGCAGACAGGACCGUGAAGAUCUGGGAUCUCCACCGCGCUGCUUGUAUCCAGACCAUUGAGGUUCUAUCUUACUGCAGUGAUGUGGUGUGUUCUGACCACGUCAUCAUCAGUGGACACUAUGACAGGAAGAUACGCUUCUGGGACAGCAGGGCUGCCAGCUGUACCCAGGAGGUUCCUCUCCAGGGGAAGGUAACGUCUCUGGACAUCUCUACUGACCACCGCCAGCUCCUCAGCUGCUCCAGAGACGAGAGUCUGCAGGUGGUCGACCUCCGCAUGACCAACUCCAGGGUCUGCUUCAGAGCUGAGGGCUUCAAAUGUGGCUGUGACAGCACCAAGGCUAUAUUUAGUCCUGAUGGGAGCUACCUGGCAGCAGGAUCAGCAGACGGAGCCGUCUAUAUCUGGAACGUCAACUCUGGCAACCUGGAGACACGACUACCGGACAUGCACAGUUCCUCCAUCAACGCCGUGGCCUGGUCUGGGUCUGGGGAGUACGUGGUCAGUGUGGAUAAGAGCCGGCGUGCCGUCCUCUGGAGCGACAUUUAAACAGUCUGGUCGACUGGCCAGCCUCAAACCCAUUUGAACAUCAGUCUGGGGUUAGGGUUAGACUGGCCCAUCCGAACAUUGGCUGAGAGAACACAGAACACAGAACACAGAACACAUUGGAUGUUUGUCUCACUCCUGAUACCAGUCAGACAGAACGGAUGGGGAUGGUAUCCAACUGUUGCCUGGCUGCCGAUCCACAUCACUCAGGCCAAACGCCACGCCCACUAACGUUUCUCCUCCACCAUGAGGCUGGAUUGGCUUCCUCCCCGAAGACUUCUCGAAUGCCAACAGAUUCAAACCGUUCUGAUUGGUCCCAGAACCCAAUGGGUUGGACCAGAGCCCACAUGAUUCAUGAAUUAUGUAAUUUUGAUGUCAGCACAAACGACUUCUAGGAUGGCAGGUUCAGACUGAUGUGCGGUGCGAUCGAUAGAGCAGCAGAAUUCAAUUCAGUCGUCAGAUCUGACACAUUCUGCUAUUUUCCUUUUGUAUUUAACUUUUCUAAGGGAAACUGGCAGAAAAUCAUAGAUACAAUAUCUGUCUGUCAAAAAGUCAAUAGUUUCAUUACAUGUUAUUAUGCUGAAAAUGUGCUAGCGUUCAUUUUAUUCUCUCCAUGAUGUCUUUCCCGAGGUAAAUGGGUAGAAAGCAUUGUAUGGAGUCAUUAUGGUGCCAACACAACUCCAUAGUGUUGCUUUGUCUUUUUGUAAACAAGCAUUUGUUCUGUCAAAACAACGUUUUUUACUUAGUGGUUCAAAAUAAUGUGGCGUCUAACCAUUGGUAUUGGGGAAUGAAAAGCGUGAAACUAAUACGCUAGUUAUUCAGGGAUAAGGAUUCAUAUCCUCUGCUUGAAACAAUUGGAGGUAAAGCUUCAUGCCCAUUGCUGGCUUACAGUUAGGGUUACACUGGUCUGCUGGUCUAAUAGGUGUUCCUGUUAUUAAAUGUUGGAGGGUUUUAGUCUAAGCUACAUGACACAUGUAGAGGGCUGAACGGAAUAGGGUUAUCUAGAGGGUUCUAAAGGGAAUAGGGUUAUCUAGAGGGUUCUAAAGGGAAUAGGGUUAUCUAGAGGGUUCUAAAGGGAAUAGGGUUAU